UCUUGACUGCAUUAAAAAAUAAUCAAAACUACCAGUUCCAGUCUAGUUCCACGUAGAAGAACAAGAAAGAGUAUGAAUCAAUCCAAUGACUCUAUUUGAAAAGCUAUUUGCAAAGAAGAAUAGACUCGAUCCAUUUCUUCACUCAUUUUCUUGACAUUUGCUAGAUUGGAAAUCAUCGUUAAGUGUCGUAAAGGUUUUUAACGAAUUUGAACAUUUGAAAGAGUCGAUUUCUGAAGAAGAAAUAUACUUGUAGCAGCAACUAUGUCUGCAGAGGAGCCAAGAAAACGACUUCGUACAGAGGAGUCUUUGACGCAGACACAGGUGGAGGCUUAUAGCGAAAAGCCCUAUGAAGCCAGAAAUGCUUUGGAUGCUGAAAAUCAGAAGUUUUACAUGACUGAAGGAGACGUUGGGAUUGACACCUUCUUAAUCUCAGACCUCCCUGCCAUAGAUGGAAUCCUAAAAGCACGCUUUACUGAUUUUAUGGUACAUGAAGUUGACGUAGAAGGUAAUGUUGUUGUUUUGACAGACAUGGAAUCCCAUGACCCUGUACCGGAGGUUGAAGCAUCUUCUUCGGCAAAGGAGGAUAAAAUCGAGAAAGAAUCAGUGGCUGCUCCUUCUAAUGUGAAUCUGGAUAAACAAGAAAAAAUAGAUGCCUCCGCUCCCUCGAUUACCUUGCCUUCGGAACUCGAAGAUUGCAUUCCUCAGGAAAUGGCAUCUCAAUUUUUCAGUUCUCUUCAAGACCUCUCACUUGGAAACUCGAGUGAAUCCGUAGUCUUAGAGGCAUCCCAAUUUUCGUCCCCUCUUGAUAAGACAAAACGUACGCUUCUUCAUCAACUUAUUCGCAAACACUUUUCUGGGUUAGAGUCGACCACUACGAAAGAGGGCUCCUUCCAAGUUGAUAAAUGCAAACGUAGUAACCAACCUAGGCCAAAGAGAGAUGCCCGUCUUAGUUGGAAAUCCCUAGGAGGUGAAUAUUGUCAUUUUCAUUUAUACAAAGAAAACCGCGAUUCAAUGGAUUGCCUAGGAAAAAUAGCCCGUCUCCUGAAAGUUCCUACAAAAUUGCUUUCCAUUGCUGGAACAAAAGAUAGAAGAGGUGUCACCUGUCAGCGUGCUGCUGUCCGUCAUGUCCGUGCUUCUCGCCUUGCUCAGUUAAAUGCUGGUUCUCUUUCUAACUCAACAUACGGAUUCCUUCUGGGAAACUAUUCUUAUCAAAACUCUCCUCUUAAACUUGGCGAUCUGCAAGGUAAUGAAUUCCAAGUUGUUUUGCGCGAUGUGUCAACCCCUAUAGACAAAAUUAAUCAGCGUAUGUCUUCUAUUAAGGAACAUGGAUUUAUUAAUUAUUUCGGUCUACAAAGAUUUGGUACAUCCUCGGUAGGAACGCAUACUAUCGGAAUUGCCCUUUUGCAGUCUGAUUGGAAAAAAGCCGUGGAACUUAUUCUCUCCCCUCGCCCAGAACAUACCGGUCCUGUUCGAGAAGCCAUGCAUAUCUGGCAUACUACUCAUGAUCCCGAAGCUACUCUGAAAAUUCUGCCUCGUCGGCUUAUCGCUGAGACCAGCAUUUUGGAAACCUGGCAACGAAGCGGGAACCAGAGCGAUUUCUUGGGUGCUUUUCAAAGGAUCCCAAGGCAUUUACGUAGUAUCUAUCCUCAUGCUUACCAAUCCUAUGUUUGGAAUAAGGUUGUAUCUUGGCGUAUCAAAGAGUUGGGAGACAAACCAGUUGCUGGCGAUCUAGUACUGGAAUGUCCAACUGACGAUCAGUCAAAUGGAACUACUCCUGUUGAUCCCGAGGCACCCGAUGUAGUAGAAGAUCUACCCCAGACUUCUAAGCCACUAGCAAGGCAUCUGAAAGAAGAAGAGCUUGAAAAUUAUACAAUUUACGACAUUGUUUUACCAUUACCAGGACGUAAUGUGCUAUAUCCUAAAAAUUUAACGUUUGAUACAUAUAAAAGUAUUAUGCGUGAGCACUCACUUGAUCCUUGUCAAAUGGCUCGAAAAGACAGGGAGCUCUCUCUACCAGGUGAUUAUCGUAAACUGGUAGUACGUCCUAAAAAUAUGGAAUGGUAUACUAGAAAGUAUGACUCGUUAGAGCAGCAAAUCACAACUACCGACAAAGAUACUCUGGAAACGAAUGUUCCGAUGAUUACUGACGAAGGAAAAUAUCAAGCUUUGGUGUUGAAGUUCCAGCUUCCUUCGUCCUCAUAUGCCACAAUGGCUUUGCGUGAAGCCACUCGAAGUGCUACUUCUAGUGGUGAUCAGCGCUUUUUAAUGACAAAUCUGCAGGAUUCUUCGUCUAAGUAAAAUAAAAAUGGGACAAAAAGGUAUAUUUUUCAGUUUAAGGGUUUAGUUAUUACAGGAAGCUAUUAAUUUGAAAUAAUCAAUAUUUAAAAUAGGUCGGUUAAUAAUACAUUCUCUCCGGUAGGAUUCGUCAACUGUAAUUGUCAUUAACACCGUCUAUAUACAUUUUUUUCUCUAAUCAUUGAAUUCAAAUAUAUAAUAACAAACUAGUUUUCUUGGAUUGACUUCAUUUUAGAAAUAAUUCAGCAAACUAGUAUUUCCGUGGAAUAGAUAAUAUUUUUUUGAUAAUGGCACUCAAAUCUGCAGUCUUCAUCGUCUUCAAUAAAUGCAACUCCGGUGAGGCCUCAACUUGACCGUUCAAUUCGUCAUCACCCAAGUCGCCUUCCCAAACCGAGUUUAACCAUUGACACGGUUCCCAUUGUUGUGCUAAGCUUUGCGAAGAUUCGGAUUUUACUGCCGAGGACAUUAAAGAGUAUACAUCUUGCAGAACGCAUCCAAAACGAUUCAGAGAAACUUGAAUACCUUGCCUUGCAGAGAAAAGGAUUCGAUAUUCUCGUAGCGAACGAGCCAAAACAGUAUACCCCAUUUGUUGUGCUUCUAAGAUGCCUUUAGUUCUUUCCAUGAUAAUUUUUAGAGGUUGCAUGUCGUGUGCAUUGUCUGUAAAUAUAUUUUUUAAAUAAUGCGCAAUUAAUUGAAAAGGACUUUCUGGGUCAAAAAAGUAAAUAGAGAAAGCCCCG